UAUAAAUGGGUUAUGUGCGUCAUAAAGCUUUCUGAAGCAAGGCAUCAAAGUUGUAGAGAGAGUGAGAGAGACAGAGAUAGAGAGAGCUAUGGAGAAACAACUGCUUCCGCCCAAAGGGAUUCUCAAGAGCGAGGCUCUCAAAAAGUACAUAUUUGAGACGUCGGCUUAUCCAAGAGAGCAUGAACAGCUCAAGAAACUAAGGGAAGCUACGGUCCACAAGUAUGGCAAUUUAAGCGAGAUGGAGAUACCUGUUGAUGAAGGGCAUUUCCUAUCGAUGCUUCUAAAGAUAAUGAAUGCCAAAAAGACACUAGAGCUCGGUGUUUUCACAGGUUAUUCCCUCCUCACGACAGCCCUUGCAUUGCCUGAGGAUGGACAUAUUACCGCGAUAGACAUCGACAAAGAAGCUUACGAGGUGGGUCUAGAGUUCAUCAAGAACGCAGGUGUUGAUCACAAGAUCAGUUUCAUCGAAUCUGAUGUUCUUCAGGCUUUAGACAAGAUGUUGUCCGAGAAUCCAAAACCAGAGUUUGAUUUUGCAUUUGUUGACGCUGAUAAACCAAACUAUCCCAACAUGUACGAGAGACUAGUGAAGCUGGUGAAGGUAGGAGGAAUCAUAGCGUUUGAUAACACACUGUGGUUUGGGCUUGUAGCAGAGGAGAAAGAAGAAAGCGUGCCAGAGCAUUUGAGGAAGAACAGAACAGCCAUUAUGGAGUUGAACAAGCAGCUUGCUGCUGAUCCUCGUAUUGAGCUCUCUCAAGUCUCCAUUGGUGAUGGUGUCACUCUCUGUAGACGCCUUGUAUGAUGAAUGAGACUCAUCAAAAUACCAAAUGUACCUUUUUAGUUUGUUCGGCUUGGGAUUUGACUCGUCGUCGAGUGAUUUUCUUGUGAUGUGAUUUGAUCACCUUUCAGUUUUUAUAUACGAGUCCAUGCAUUAAAAGAGUGCAGUUGAGUAA